AUGGCUCAGCCGGGAGGCCAGCCAAGAUGGACCCAUGAUCCAACGCGGAACCUCUAUUUCUACCAUGACCAGCACACCGAUGAGCUUGUCUAUCAGGACGGAAAUAGGUUACCAGCUCCCAGGCGCUCACUAUCGGCCACGCCUCGUACUGGUGGAGGAAGCAGCGGAGCUCAACCGCUUCCAUACUCACAAAAUGGCUCAGGCUCGUACCCGCAAGACGCGCAUUCUGUUGACGUUGCACGGAGACAACAACAUCCAACACAGGCUACGCUAGAUGCGCAGCCCACGCACGGGUUGCAUGGCCCAACAAUCAAUGUGAGCACUGCACGACCAUCUUCGCGAACAUUCGAUCGAGGAGGCGUCCAAAUGGUGGUCGCAGAGGAUCCCCAAACUCGUGUCAGGACAACUUUCGGGACGUCUCCAGCUAGUCGGAUCACUGACCCGCAGCUAUACAAUGCCGGAGUACGAGCCACCCGCAUGCUCUAUGGGACUGGUGAAGGAGAGGCAGAGCAUUUAUAUUCGAACUACCGCAUGCGGCAGCGCGAUUUCUUUUGCUUUGGGAGAGUCUUCCUCUUGCUGUGGGUAGAACCUGCAGGCGAAUCCGGAACCCUUAUAACCAGCGUUGAACCGAGUGAUCAGGCGUUCAGUAACGGCGCUUUUAACGAACGUGUAUACUCAAAGGUCCGCCGUUUCGUUGUGGUUAGGGAAGGCCAGAGCUACUGCUCUGCCCUACCCAUCGCCACCUAUGGUGGCCGGGGAGUCAGCAAGCCAGGGGUCAAGAAAUCAGAGCAUGCCAUCAUACAUUCUGGUAGAGAUGCACCCCAACCGAAAACCCACGAAAGACCACAACGCGGAGAAGACAGCAUAAGGCCAAUUCCAAUUCGUGUGGUCCCUGACAACCGCGAAGAAGCUCUUGAACCCAUGUCGAGGUUAGACUUUGGGAAGGUACAUACUAUCCAGCACAACAUCAAAGUUCGUCCUUUUGGAAUGGUUCAUCCGGAUUCGAAAACUGCACUGUACGAGCAAUUCCAAAAUGUCUGGUCGAACACAGCAACAAUCGUUCCGGCAUCAGAGGAUCAGUCUUCCCAAGCGUCUGCGUCUUCGUCCUCUGGACGCAAAGCCAGAGCGCCUCCGUCCACCGCAGAUGGAAGCUUGAAGGGACGCAGUGGCAAUACAACAGUUGUUGAGGAAAGAGACGAAAGCGAAGAGGACGAUGACGACGAGGAAGAGGAUGAGUCCGACGAGGAAGAAGCUGCAAUUAGCCCACGAAGCGAUUAUGGCAGGGCAUCUUCAUCACUGCCGCGCCAAUUCCAGAGCGGCUAUGUACCAUCGGCGACGCAAGCACAACAGCGAACAGUCGCUUCAUCUAGCGGUACAAGCCAAUCUGAAUCUUCAGCCAGGAUGCAGUGGGCUAGAGACUGCGCUACACGACUGGUGCAUCAGGGAUACAGCCGGGAGCAAGCUUUCCAGUGGCUUGUCUCUCAGAUCCAGAAACAAGGCAGAUCGCAGCAGGCGGCAGAUGCAGAGGUCCGCGCAUUGCUGUCGGGAAAGGCGCCACACCCUCCGUCUCCACAAUCGGGGUCGUUGGGCAGAGAACAUACCAGCUCUUUCCUCCGUACAGCUCCUCGAACGCAACAUCCCGAUAUUGAUUCUAGCACAUCUUCCUUAGGAGACCAAUCCCUGGAACCGCCAGGGUUGAGUGAGCGCAUCCAGAAUCACAGGCACGAAACGACUCGUUCGCCUCGUGCCGAACCCGUAGAUCACGAGAAAAACUCCGAAUAUCAGUCAAAGGGUGAUACACACGGCACUCAACUUGAGCUUGACGAAGGUCAGUUCAAGAGUGAUAUACACAGGGUUCAACUUGAGCUUCAGAGACCGCCCUCGUCUUUGGAGACGGGACUUGAUUCGACGACCUUGGCGCAGAAGGUAGAGACAAAAAGCAUUCACGCUGUGCAGACGGACUCGGGUUAUGCCAGUAUGGAUCGACAGAACAAAAACCCUGCUCAAAGCGGCAAAGAUGAUGAAUCUGAUAGAGGCACAGCCUACUCCGGUGAAUCCGCCAUUCCACUGGUGGGGAACGCCAGAACGAGAUCUAUCGAAGCGUUUGCGAUUGAGAUUAUUGACCGGUUGUCCGGUAACCCAUGGGUUCCAUCGCAUCAGCGCGAAGACGUUGAGAGGCUGCUGAGGGAUUCAUUGAAGGUAUAUACGCAGGAUGUGAGAGAACAAGGACCAGACGAAAAGGUCGUCAACGGUGCUCGAUUUAUAUCGCAGCAGAGACCACGAAUUGCAUCGCUUAUUGUGGUGGGUCGCUCCGGUACCAGAAUCAGCGAUUCAGACGGGAGAGGUCCCAGCCAGAGCGCUUACUCGUUGAGAGAAAACAUGAAUAAAUGGCUCAGUCAGGCAAGCACAGAUGUGGACCCAAAUACAAUUCCGCCAGUGGAACCAGGAGAUGUCUCGAAUCUGGGCGAGGACGAGAAUCUAGAGCGUUUCAUUGACGAGUCAAGGCCCUCUUUGAUCGGCCAUCCAGCGUUUGAAUCUCUACUGACCGACGUCAGAGCGAUACUCCAGCCUUUCCUUGCUCCUGGUUUAGGCAACAUCACCCAGUGCCUUAAGGAUGCUAUCGACGAGUCCGCAACACAAGCGGAUUUCCGAUUGCAAUGGGAUCCGGUUGCCUUCUGGAAGAUGAACUACCCAGAGACACACGACAUCGACAUUAUGAACGUGCUCGUCGUGAUUCAUGCAAGUGAAGGCAGACACCAAGCCCUAACAUGCGCAGAAUAUCUGAAACAAACCUGGCCUCAAAGUUGCGCAACGACAGUACCACUGUUUAGGUCUUUGGUUCGCAUUCUCGCAGCACAGGGAAGAGCAGUGCAAUCAGUCGAUGGUAUAACCAUCGAGGCCACUACUACAAGCGGACAGUUACAUUUGAACGUCUUUGCGAAAGCUUCGGACUUGAUUCGCAUCGGUGAGCAGUUAGCAUGGCUAGGCGCUGCGUGCAGAGCGACCGACACGCCGUCAGACCCUAUCUACUCUCAAGCGGUCAUCGGAUCUGUCCAUGACGACACUCACACAACACCAAUGUUCGACAUUCGCUACGAGGAUAAAGUCAGGUCCCAGUUUGAUGUACCAACACGAGAUGAGUCGCAGCCAGGGCUCGAAAUACCAUUCGACAUCAUGGCUAGUCUUGGCGAGACAGACGAAGUCGCAAUGUUUGACGGACGUCUUUUGCUAAAGGGACACUCUACGCUCUUUGUAGCCGUGAAGAAGGUGGACAGGUCGGUAAUCUGGCAUUUUGAGAAAUUGGACGAUGCGGAUGCCAAUCCUUAUGAUGCCGCUCUGAGCAUUGAAACCGAUGAGAAGCUAGACCUGACCUGCAUCACCGACUGCAGACACUUUGUGGGCUGGACAGAGGAGGUAUCCGUGAAUUUUGCCACGAAAGACGCCCACUACGACAUAUCACCCACCUCCAUAGGACUGGAGGGCUCAAGUCUCGCUUUCACCUCGUUCUCGAUAUCAGCCAGCAAAUACCUGGGGAUCAGCGCCAAUUUCAUCAGAGGGAAGCGCGAAGCUUUAUUCUUGAGCGGGCCAUCGACAUACAAGCUCAAGAUGGACAACCUACAACGAGAGUUUAUGAUGAUCUACGAUGACCAAACGCAGAAGGUGUGGUUAUUGAAGGCUGAUCGUGUGUUGCUCCAUUUGUUGCGGUGCCGGAUUUCCACACGCCACCACGACAGCCAACAUUUCGUCCUCGACGAUUUCAAUUACGCUUCGGAAUCACCUGAAGAGAACGUAGCCUCCAUACUCAAGGACGAGGCUUUCGUUUCUCGAAAACUGGAUGAAGAAGUUUCGACUCCCUACGUGGAGUCGGAGCUCAUUGACGGUGUGCUAAAAGUGAAGGAGGUCCGCAGAUUCACCCCCUAUACUGUCCGGGAUGAAAUACUGGAUCUGUAUGGAACAUUUCAAAAGAUCGUUGCGAUGCAGGGAAAGAUCAGCUCCGACCCCAAGAUCAACAUACCGUCAUCACCCAAGCCUGUUCUGCAAGGAUGGUCAUUCGACAACGUUGCUCAAGGUCUCGACAGGCUCAUGCCUCGCGCCCUCAACGUAGAAUCGCAUGCACAGGCCUGGAUGUCACUGCGGGACAUUUUGCUCACUCCGGUUCUGUUUGGGGGAGGAUUCGGCGAGAUUCUCCGGCCUGCCCGACCGACCCAGCUUUGCCCAGGUUGGACCGUAAUGCCGGGAGGGUCCGACUACAUGGCGGCAUCCACUCAUUCCUUGAGACAGAUAUUCCGAGAUCACGGCGCCCACAGGGGUGGCCACGUUCAAUUGGCCUUGGGACUUUCCUGGCACCAAAGCCAACUGCCUUUCGGAGCUUGCAGCUGUGCUGUGCAGAAAAGAUCGCGACGAUGUGAUCGACUACAGGAUCUUUACGACAGAUCGGUCCUCAGCAAGGCUAAAAGCCCUUCUCGGGAUAUUUUCGACACCUUUCCGAUGGCAGCAUUCAUCUUUGGCAGGACCUCGGGGUUGAAGAGAUUCUUGCCAUCAAAAGUAUCGUUUGACAGCUCAGCAGGGGCAAACAGUGAUAGUGCGGUUGGUGCCAGUUUGAGCAGCUCAGAUCAGUCCGACGAGAGCCAAGUCCAACCUCAAGAGUUGGCUCCUGUGGCUGCAUGA